UCUACACCUUUGACAAGGAUACCGAGGCAACCUCCAGAAUUCGAGGAUGACUGGUCAAUGAAUACCAUCGAUCGCAGAACGUUGUCCGCGCCUUCGUCUUCCCCGCCUUGUCGAUCGAGUUUCGCACUGCCGAACAUAUUCGAAUCCGACCUCGAACUCGAAAUCGUCGACUCGGACACCAAACAUUGCCGCUCAUGCAGCCCCGCUAACGACGACUGCGAAGAAUGUUCAUUAUCAUGGGCUCCCAUGACCCUAGCACGGAUCAGGAACAGUCGGCGACACAAUAGCUCGAGUGCGAAGAGCGCUAGGUUUGUCACCAUGGAACAGGGAGGAGGUAAAGCGAAUAGGAGGGCGGUAGAUGGAGAGACGAGAAGCCCGGGAGGUAGGAGUGUGGCACAGAUGUUGCGGUGGUUAGAUUUGAGAUGCUUCCAGCCACGGUGUCGUACUAGGUCGGCUC